AGUCAGCUGACUCUCAGCAGUCAUUUCAGUGUUCUUCGCCGACCUUCGCUGCAGUGUACACGGGAAUUCCAAACCAUCAUCUCUGCUUUUAUUCAUCAGACCAGCUUGUCAAAUAAUGGCUAGUCAAUCACAGGGCAUUCAGCAGCUGUUGCAGGCUGAGAAACGAGCAGCAGAGAAGGUUGCAGAGGCCAGGAAACGCAAGAAUCGUCGUCUGAAGCAGGCCAAAGAGGAAGCCCAGGCUGAGAUUGAACAGUAUCGCCUGCAGAGAGAGAAGGAGUUCAAAACCAAGGAGGCUGCGGCCCUGGGUUCCCAUGGUAACUCUGCUGUGGAGGUGGACAAAGAGACGCUGGAUAAGAUGAGCCGCAUCCAGAACAGCUACCAGCAAAACCGUGAAGCUGUGCUGGGCAACCUGCUGAAGAUGGUGUGUGACAUCAAGCCCGAGAUUCAUGCCAACUACCGCAUGGCUGGAUAAAAAGCCUCUGCUCACUCCCAUCCAGCCGCCCCCCAACCCCCAUCCCAUUUAACACAUGAACCUAGGAGGCACUGAAACAAGAACUGCCACUGUGUGGCCACCACACCUUCACUACAUAAUAUUCCUGUACACUCACCUAGUUAACACUUCUCCUGGUUAUCCACCUUUUGUGUAUUGCGAGCACCAUGCUUACUUGUAAUGGGCUUUGUCCAUUAAAGUACACUGUUGUUGUUUAGGCAAACUAUUUUGUGGGGUUUUUAAGUGGUGGUUACUCGCAGUGUCUUACUUUGCCAUCUGUAGUACAUACUUGGGGAGUAUUUCAGGGUGAGUUGCUUGCGUAGUUAAAGAUCAUAGGUGUCAAGUCAGCAUCAGCUUGUGUUGGACAGACACAGUGCAGUGUUCUCGUGCCUCCGUGGUGCUCUCCUGCUUGUAGGGUCUCAAAGAUCAGUAGACUGACUUUUUUUUUUUGUGUUGAUGGAUACUUGUGUGUUUGUAUGUGUGUGUAGGUCUUGCUAUGCAAUGUGAUGUUUAUUUAUGAGUAACACUUUACUGUCUUAUCAGAACAGCCUGUGGAGAAAAAAAGGAUUGAGUCUGUCCUCUCUUUCCCACCCCCAUGGGAUCAAAAUUAUCCGGAUUUAAACAAUUCCAGUCUUUGUACGUCUCUCUAAGUGAUUCACCAUCCUUCCCCUUUUCUUUUCUCAACCCUGUACCCUCAGUGGCUUUCCGAAUCUUUAUGUAUAGAUGACAUUCCUCUGUUUACAGUUGAUGCUACAGCACAGCAAAACAGUAAUAAAUGGUUCUGAUGGUGUA